GGCAGCGCCGCCGCCUGUCGCCUGCAAGGGCGGGCGCAGCCGCGGCCGUGUGGCUGUAGGCGUUCCUGCGGAGACCGGGAAGGGGCACGGCUGCUCCCCGCCUGCCCCCUGCCGCCGGUCCCGCGGCCUUUGGUCCCGGUCUCCGUGCCUUUGGCGUGUGCCUGCCCGUGCUGCGGGGCCAUGGAGCGCGCGUUCACGCCGCUGGAAUGCCUCCUGCCCGCCGGGAACCUGAAGUUUUGCCUUCUGAUUCUGAACCAGCCUUUCAACAAAGGUCAUUUCCAUUGUCUGUGGAGCAGAGCUGCCCUGAGAGCUUGUGCUGAUGGAGGUGCCAAUCUUCUCUACCACGUCACAGAAGGGAGCCAGGAAAGCUUCUUGCCUGAUUACAUCAGUGGUGAUUUUGAUUCCAUUCUGCCUGAAGUCAAGGAGUACUACAAGGUCAAGGGAUGUGAGUUAAUUGAGACCAUGGAUCAGGACCUCACAGAUUUCACCAAGUGCCUUCAAAUACUCCAGAAAAAGAUAGAGAAGAAGGGACUCCAGGUCAAUGUGAUUGUGGCUCUGGGUGGACUUGGAGGACGCUUUGACCAAACAAUGGCAUCGGUGGAAACACUUUUUCAUGCAACAAAUAUCACUCCUUCUCCAGUGAUAGUUAUCCAGGAGUGCUCGCUGAUUUACCUGCUUCAACCUGGCAAGCACAAGCUGCAUGUGGACACGGGACUGGAGGGUCCCUGGUGUGGCCUCAUCCCCAUCGGGAGCCCCUGCGAGAGUGUGACCACCACGGGGCUCAAGUGGAACCUCACUAACCAGGUGCUGAAGUUUGGAACGCUAGUCAGUACUUCCAACACCUAUGACAACUCCGGGAUUGUGACCAUCGAGACGGACAAACCCUUGCUGUGGACAAUGGCUAUCAAGAGCUAAGAUCAGCUACAGCUGCCUUUUCUGAUCUGACAUGACUCAAAUUACUACAAAAUUUCACUGAAUUAAGACAGUAAAGCUGCUGCAAGAUAUAAGCAGGCACUGAUUUUCUGUAUUGAAUGAAAAACAAGUCUGAAAUAAAAGUCACUUGAGAUUGAAUCAAAA